UGAAAGAAUAGUUAAAAGUGAAAACGAUAAAAUUCAGCAACAAGAAUUUUCUCAGAAAACUACCCAAAUUUUAGAUUUAGAAAAAGAGUCGGAGGAUGUUCGCGGAGAAACGGAUUCGUUUUACCGACAACUAUUUAGGGCAAUUAAUUAUUUGGUCAAAAGUGAAUAUCUAUAUUUUGAAGAAGAGAUUGAAGAAUUAGAAAAAAUGUAUUUAUUUAAAUUUGAAAGAGAUAGGUCUUGCGAAACUAGUCCCCGACCCGCAGUUAAAGGAAACCUAAAUAAUCUCUUCGGUUCAUUAAAGAAUUUAGCACAAACAUUAAAAUUAGCACAAACAUUAAAAGAUGAAUCAACUGGACCAACCAUUGAAGAA